AGACAGAAGCGUUGCAUGAAGGCAGGUCGACUACAUGGACUAUCACACUCGUCCUUCCCGUCUUUCCACUCUACCUCAUGGAAACCUUUAGGUGCUGGAGCUCACUACACGGAUAUGUUUUGUUUAUGUUCCUCACAGCAAUCAGCAACGGGUCAGCAUGUGAGGUUCCCUCCAGUCCUCAGUGCUUCAGACGAACUGCUGAUGAGAGUGUUUACACAUGUGAAUGGAGCCUGAACACCAACGAGAGCGACGUGACGUUUGACCUUUACAUCGACGGAGCAAAAUUUGGAAACUUCAAGAGGAACUGGACCAAGAUACUUGAGGAGGAGCUGAUACAAACUCGUCCUGUCGAUAUUUGGUUGGAAGCUCACGUAGGAAACUCCUUCUGCGCAUCGCCCAAGAGGUCUGUUGUGCUGGAGGACACAGUUAAAUAUGAAACACCACAAAACAUUUCAGUGUCCUGGAUGAAAAACAACCUCAUCUUACGCUGGCGGGCUGUAAAGACACAUCCAGCUCAAGCAGAGGUCUGGUUCCGGCAAUAUAAACACCCCACGGACCCAUGGGAAAAAAGAAUAACAAACACCACCAACGAGGCUUUGAAUUACCGGACCGUUGUUGGGAAUCUCCUGAAGCAUUCAGCUUACGAGGUUCAGAUCAGACACCAGUCCACCGAGGCCCAGAACCCGCUGUGGAGCGACUGGUCCGCGGUCGUCAUCGCUCCUGCAGAACUUGAACAUGAACCUAAAGUCACCAUGAAGAUAAGGCCUGUAAACGGCACCCGAAUAGUGACGCUCACUUGGCCGCCGACGCCACAUGCAGCAGCAGUCGGAGGAGUGACGUACACCCUGAGUGACACGCAGACUUCUCAGGGAUGUCCUUGUGAGAGGAAGAAACAUCCCAUCGACAGGAACAAAUCCACAAUUUAUGUGUCCUACUCGGCUGUCAACAUCUCUGUUUUCGCCAAAAAUGCCGCAGGUUCUUCUCCUCAAGCAAACAUACAAGUACCGACCAAACCUGUGGCGGAUUUACAAAUUUGCGACAAAACGUUGGUGAAUGAAAAGCUGAAGAGGGGCACUUGCCUCGAGUGGUACGAACUGCAAGAUUCAAGGCCAACAAAUGUGAUAACGUUGUCAGGAAGGACGGCUAAAAAGGAAAGGGCGAAAAUAAAAACCAACAUUAAGGACUACAUCCGCUACCUGUACUUUGAACACAGAUGUGACGAUGGGAAACCACAGACAGUUAAAAUGUGUCUCUUUUAUCAAAAAGAGGGCGAGCCAGUCAAAGAACCUCAGGACUUUAUAGCCUUUAGCGAAGCACAAAGUUCUGCUAACCUGUCCUGGAAGGCGAUUCCCUACAACAGCCAGCGAGGCUUUCUCACACACUACAGCCUGUGCAGAGUGAAGAUCAGCUCACAGGACGAGCCAGAAGUGUGCUACAACAUAUCAGCCUCAGCGGUUAAACACCGUCUGGAAAACUUGACGCCGGGGUCGAAAUACAACAUCAGCCUGGCUGGAGUGACACGGAUGGGAGAAGGACCUAAAAGCACAGUAACUAUCAACACGUGGCCAGAGAAGCAUCUGAAUGUGUGGCUGAGCUUCGGCUUGCUGUUCGUGUUCUUUUUGCUCACAAUACUGUGCACCGUUAUCCUGAAGAGAAUCAAGAACAGGAUCUUUCCUCCUGUGCCAACACCUGUUAUUCCAGAUUUCACACCCUACCAACCAGAGUGUCAGGGCAUGUUGGAGAGCAAAGAGGAGGUGCACGACCUGAUGCUGUACCAAGUGCAUUCAGAGAGAAAGUCAGUCUCUGAGGAGGCAGAGGAGGCCACGGUGCUGGGAGGGGACUGGGAGGACGGGACUGACGAGGACGUGGAGAAUGAGACGAGCGGCUCAGGAGGCUCCGGCGAUGAGCGUUUGAGUCCAGGCUCCACAGAUCAGGCGCUGAAGACAGACCUGGAUCAGGUGGACACCGAGCUCGCCAUGCUGAUAUACAAGACUGGUUUAGUGUUUGAUAUGAAGACAGACUUGCUAUAGAUGGAUCUAACUGAGGGGAUUUACUACCUCAUAGCACAACAUUGCACAAAGACAGACUUAUUUGUUGACUCAUGCUGAAGACCGGAUUGUUUUCUCUGAGCAGUGCUGUAUCUGCAAAUGCAUUUUGUUAUUAUAAGUGUGUAGUUUUUUUUUCUCUUUGACAUGAGUGUAUUUUUCAGUUUUUACUCUGAUGUUUGACGUACAAGUCAACACGUGACAGGAGGAGUUUUCAGCAUUCUCAUGUUUUGUCAGCGCACAUUGACAAUAAACCUGUUU